CACCGGUGCCCUACCCUCCAUAUCGAAGCUAUCAACAGGACAAGCUGCUUAUCAUUUCCUGGCAGGUUAUCAGGAUGGAAAGUUCUUGCCAGCAUAUAUUAAAGGCCCAUUCCCCAUUGAACCCCUAGCUCUUGCAAUUUCAUUGCAUUCCCAAUUAAAGGAUAGUGAAAUCCCAGCCUUCUUGAUUAAUGUCAAUGACGGUGGUAAACACAUUAAUGGCAUGGAACUUUUAAAUUUGGUGAAGUCAUCUUUGUCAGCUGAUUUACCGAAGAGCCAGCUUGGGGCUAACGAUCCAAAAGUAGGCGAGCUUAAAGGAAAGUACAAGAGUUUUCUAUCUGGUAGGUUCGAAGGAUUACCAGAAGAAUUUUCUUUCUGAGGCUAUUCAUCAAAAUAAUGGAGCUGUAAUGUGCUUUGAUAAGCAGAGGAGGUCCAUAUUAUUUAUAAGUUCAAAUUCGAGAACUAUUGAACUCAUGAGAUGAUAGCAUUGCUCAUUUUUUGGAUUGGUACAGAGCUGUUGACUAAUUUGAAUAAAAUUUCCAUGUUUUCUUCCCUCAUUUAAA